UCCUCCCUCCGCGGCACCUGGUCUCGGUCGAGCGAGCUGAGCUGGACUGUUUGGCUAAGUGCGGACAGGUACACCGCGCUACCGAACCAGACUGCUGAGCCUGCUACUGCCGCCGCGAGCGCCGUGACCUGCAACCCCAGACCUCGACUCCUUUUGGCUCGGCCCGCGCGCCCCAGGCCCGGCCCGGGCGGCGCGACGGGAGGAUGAGCGGCGGGAGGCGGAAGGAGGAGCCGUCUCAGCCGCAGCUGGCCAACGGGGCCCUCAAAGUGUCUGUCUGGAGCAAGGUGCUGCGAAGCGACGCGGCCUGGGAAGACAAGGACGAAUUUUUAGAUGUGAUCUACUGGUUCCGACAAAUCAUCGCUGUGGUCCUGGGUGUCAUUUGGGGAGUGUUACCAUUGAGAGGUUUCUUGGGAAUAGCAGGAUUCUGCCUAAUCAAUGCAGGAGUCUUGUACCUCUACUUCAGCAACUACCUACAGAUAGAUGAGGAAGAAUACGGGGGUACAUGGGAACUCACGAAAGAAGGGUUUAUGACAUCGUUUGCCUUGUUCAUGGUCAUCUGGAUCAUCUUUUACACUGCCAUCCAUUAUGACUGAUGGUGUACAGUCCCCACCUGCUCUCUGUCGGGUCCAAAGGACCCUCUUAGUUACAGCACAGAAACGUGAUUUAUAGGGGCAUCCCAGCCACAUGGAACCUGGAAGAUCCAUGUUUCCUGGACCGAGAAUCAGUGUGUUGGGCAUCAGUGUUUUCUGCAAGAGUUGUGACCUGAAACUUUUUAAAGAACCAUCCACCUUUUGGGGAAGCAUUUCUGAAUUGUCCAUCACCAACCAUUUCUUCUUGGAUACUAUCAUAAAACAACUGUUUGGAGCUGUCAUUUAAUUUGACGCGCUUCUGGAUCCGGAUGAAACAUUAAAUUGUCUUCCUCACUUCUCCAUCAGGUGUACAGUGUUUAAACUAUCUGUGGCAUUUCAAGUCUUCCAAAAGAGUACGGCAGUAUGUGCAUGGUCCAUAGCACAGUAUAAGCAGCAUCUAGUAACAGUUUCCAUCAUAGAGUGUUUUCAGAUACUUGAAUAAAUCAGAUCUUUAAUUGA